AUGAUAGAUUUCUUUUUGUUUAGCAGUCGAUGGUGUACAACAGAUGGUGUACAACAGAUAAUCAAUAUGAAGUCGAUUCACAUGUUGAUUAAUAUGAUGCCGUUGUCUCGAUUAGGAACAUUAUUAUCCAUGCUUACCAUCCUCUGGUUAACUAUCUGGAAAUAUAGUAGUAAUCGACAUGGUAGGAAAGCAUUAGCAAGUCUAACCAAAGAAAAUUUGAACUAUCGUUACGCUUCAGAUGACCAAUCACUUUUCAUUGAUGACAAAUUAGCUGUCAAGAUUUCCAAAAAGGUCAAAAUAUUGUGUUGGAUCACCACCCAGGAAUCGGCCAUGAAGACAAAAGUCAAAACUGUCAAUUCCACUUGGGCGAAACGCUGCGAUAAAAUGCUUUACGUUGUCACUGGUGAUACUACAAAAGAAACUAAAGACGGCGUCCUAAAAAUAAAUGUACCAGACGGACGCAAUCAUUUAACCGCCAAAACUGUUCAGGUGCUUAAGUACGUUCAUAAUCAUUAUUUGAAUAGAUUUGAUUGGUUUUUAAAAGCUGAUGACGACACUUUUAUUGUGGUGGAGAAUUUAAAAUUCCUUUUAUCCAAGUAUAACCCUAAGAAACCAAUAUAUCUCGGACAUUUAUUUAAGAAGUAUAGUAAGUAUGGAUAUAUGAGCGGUGGGGCUGGCUAUGUGUUAAGUAGAAAUGCGUUAGGUAUUUUGGUCAAGAAAGGAUACAAGAAAAAGAAUAAAUGCAAGGAGGAUGGUGGUGAUGAAGAUGUAGAAAUAGCUCAGUGUCUGCAGUAUUUAAAUAUAGUGGUCUAUAAUACUUUGGAUAGUUUUGGACGAGAAUCGUUCCAUCCGUUUGGUAUCUCUACGCAUAUUGUUGGUCCUGAACCAGCAGGCCUUACAGAAUGGGACAGAAACAAACCACAAAUAGGAAGGAAUUGUUGUAGUCAGUUAUUGAUAUCAUUCCAUUAUGUAAAACCGGAUAUGAUGUUGAUAAUAGAACAUCUGUUAUAUAGAACCAGUGUAUAUGGCAGGAAGGUUGAAGAAACCGGUUUACAGGAUUUGUUCGAAAUUGGACCGGUUCCACCACUAGACAAAUGGGACUAA